ACACUCCAUUUUGUUUUCUUACGAUACCGAUACCGACACGACGCUUGAAAAUAGUGUUUCUUUUGUACAAAAACUUCGUAAUUUAUUAGUAUUAAACUAAACGUCUUGUUAUAUUCAAGUGUCUAAAACAAAGUUGAAAUAAUGGGUCGUAAGAAGAAGAAGGCCUCCAAACCCUGGUGCUGGUAUUGUAAUCGCGAAUUUGAUGAUGAGAAAAUUCUGGUGCAGCAUCAAAAGGCGAAACACUUCAAGUGUCAUAUAUGCCACAAGAAGCUGUACACGGGGCCGGGCCUAUCCAUACAUUGCAUGCAGGUGCACAAGGAAACUGUGGAUAAGGUGCCCAACUCGUUGCCAAACCGCUCCAACAUCGAAAUUGAAAUCUUUGGCAUGGAUGGUAUCCCUGCAGAGGAUUUACGUGAUCAUGAGCGGCAGAAAAACGGCGGUAAAUCCGAUUCCGAUGAUGAUGAGCCGGCUGCCAAGAAAAAAGUUGAAUAUCCCAUGUCUGUGCCGCCGCCUAUGAUGAUGCCACCCAAUAUGAUGCCACCGCAUAUGUUAGGCCAGUACGGGAUGGGCAUGAUGCAGCAUAUGCCACCAUUGCCUCCAUAUCCGAUGCCAAUGAUGCCACACAUGAUGCCGCCGCGUCCCAUAUUUCCGGCGGCGAUGGCAACAACCUCGGCGGCAGCUGCUGCAGCAGCCGUUCAUCAUCAUCAGCAGCAGCAACAGCAGCAGCAGCACGCCGCUGCCAUGGCUCAGCAGAAACCCACGUUUCCAGCCUAUAGUAAUGCCACCAUAAGUGCUCCACCUACUACCAAUAAUGCUGGUUUAGGUGGCGGUGCGGCGUCAAACGCUGCACCCUCACUUGCACCGGAUCCACACAAUCAGGGACGACCACCAAAUGCGGCUAAUGCAGUUGGCGGCGGCAGCCACGUUGUGGCCGCAGUUAGCACAAAGAUAAUGCAUCCAACGGAGGAUGCCAGUCUAGAAGAGUUGCGCGCCCGUCAACCCAAGUAUCAGGCGCGUGUGGCUGCCGCCUUAGCAGCAAUCGCUGCAGCGCCGAAAAAUCACAGUCCCAGCCUCAAUAACGGUGGCGGUGGCAGCGGAGGUGGAAAUGGAAGCGUUGGCAGCGCUGCCUCAUCAAUGCCUUCAACACCGCCGCCGCCCUCACUGUCCGGCAUCUCGCCAACGGGCAGCGCGGCCGCUGCAAACGCAAUCGCUGUGAGCACGGCCAUCUCCAAGGCACAGGAAACCGCUGCGCUGGUGGCCGUGGCGCAGGCGCAUGCACAGGCUGCCCAGGUGGCGCAGGUACAAGCUGCACAGGUGCAGGCUGCGCAGCAGCAUAUGCAGGCUCAGGUGCAGGCGGCACAGGUGGCGCAUGCCGUUGCCGCACAACAGCAACAGCAGGCACAGCAGCAGCAACAACAGGCCCAACAGCAGCAUCAGGCACAGCAGCAGCAGCAGCAGCAGCAGCAGCAGCAACAACAACAACAGCAGCAGCAGCAGCAGGUGAAACAAUUGGAGGAACUUAAUCGUGCUGUAAUGCUGCAACGUCUGCAGGCGGUACGGCAACCGGCCAAUCCUGGUGCAGCUGCAGCGGCGGCUGCGGCCGCUGCCGCUGGCCUGGGCAUGAUGCCUCUGCCCGGCGGCCUGCAGCUGAUGCAGCCCAUGCUGCGCCCUGGCACAGUGGCCAUCGGACCCCAUGGCCAACUGAUAGGUGGCAAUAUGCUGCGUCCUGGUCCGAUGCCUGGCAUGCCAGCAGGUCUGCUGCCCAUGCAGGCUAUUGGUUUGCCUGGAUUGCCCGCGGGUGCCAUGCCGAUGCCGGGCAUGAGCGUGAUGCUGCCUGGCCAUCCGAAUAUGCUGCAGAUGAUGCAGCCACGCUUCAGAUGAUGCCUGCCCGCUGCGCCCGGACUCUUGCAGGCGCCAACACAGACGCAUCCGCACAGUGUGCGAGCGUUUCCACGAGCAGCGGCAUUGCCGGCGCUGCAUCCCGCGCAGGCGCAGUCAUCCCAGUUGGUGGGUUUGCCGUUACCCUUGUUGUUUCACGAGUAAAAAAUGGGAUGUGGCCAAUCAGCCUACUAACAACAACAGCUACAGCUACAGCAACAGCAACGACAAAAGACUGCGACAACAACAACAACAACAACAGCAACAACUAGUGCAAAAUGCAAUCACAACAACUGCAAGCAAGUUUUCAUACUAAAGCUACGCAAUUCCACAAAGCUAUUUUUCUUAAAUGUAUAACAGUUUUGAGACACUCGAUACAUACGUACACACACACACACACCCACACACAUACACAUACAUAUGUGUCACACAUGCAUACACUGGCCGCACACAUACUAACAGCAAUAUGCGUAGCUUUAUAAUAUCUAUACAUAUAUAUAUAUUCAGAGUAUUUUCUAGUUGAUGCAUCUAACUUUGCUUUCCGUUCGAUUUCCAAAUUUCACGUUUAACUUUUCUCCAACUAAAUUCGAGUGUA